AUGGGGGAGCUGAAGCAGAAGUGGACAGCGGAGGAGGAGGCGGCGCUCAAGACCGGGAUAGGCAAGCACGGGGCCAGGAAAUGGUGCACCAUACUCAAGGACCCCGAGUUCAGGAACAUCCUGCGCUACCGCUCCAACGUUGACCUCAAGGACAAGUACAGGAACAUCAAUGUCACCGUGAACGCGUCGGGCUCUCGCGACAAAGUGCGGACGAUGGUGACGACAACGCCCACGGCUAAGAAGACGAGGUCUGCUCCGAAGCAGGAAAGCCACUCGAGGGUGAUCACCACCAUCACCUCUGACGGUGAUGAUGACGUCGUCGACGUGAAGCCUAUCAUAAAGCCCAUUGUAACGUUUACUACAGGGAAUAAAUCGCUAUCUAGGCUAGAAAAUAUCAUACUGGAGGCCGUGAAGACCUUGAAUGAACCUACACGGUCAUACAAAACAAACAUUGCUAAUUCUUCUAUUUAUCGUGAACAAUACUGGCCACCUGGUGAUUUUGAUCAUGCACUUUCAGCAAAACUGAAUGAGUUGACAUCAUCUAGGAAAUUGAUGAAGGCAGUAACGUUUCUUUCAACCGUGCAGCGUCCAGAGGAGGCGGAGCAGCAGGCCAACAUCCGUCUUCACCUCCCACCUAGCGGCUGGACCGCCCCUUGCAGCGAACAUGAGUUGGCAAUGCAAUGCUCUAAUUGGCAGUCGAAAUGGUAG